UGUCAGUCAAUGCUGUGAGAAUUUUGUGAGUCAUCUUCCGGGCGGUGCACUUUACCUGCCUGAUGCGAGUUGGUUCCUCCUGGCAGGGGAGGACCUAGCUGAAAUUCCUAUAGAGCAGGGAAGCGGCCAGUUGAAAUUUAGGAAGCGGCUGUGAAUGGCAACUGAAGGAGAGAGGGGUGCAAAGUAAAGUAAAUACCAUGUGCGGACCCAAGGAAAUGGACUCUGCAAGGUUUGGGAAGUUUCUGAUGAAACUUGGCCUGAUUUUGAUUGUCAUCGGACAUCUCAAUUUCAUAACUGGUGCCAUUGUACAUGGAUUGGUAUUGAGACAUUUAGCCCAGCUGCAAGAUGCUGUGGCGCUGCAAUAUUCUGUCGCCAAUAUCACUGCUGUGGUAUCAACAAUACUGAGUAUAACAUGUGGAAUAACUGCUAUUGUCCUGUCUCGGUACCUGGCGCAUGUACCUCUGCGCUGGACAGUGUUGGUACUUGGUAUAAUUAAUGCAAUCCUUUCUGUGGCCUGUGUGGUUGACCUGGUUGUGUCUGUAAUCAUCACGGUGGGAAAUAAAGGUCGCACGCUGCUGUCGUCAUGUGUUUUCUCCAACCUGGAGCUCAUUCAAAUCUCAUAUGAGUGUCCCUUUGAUCCUACAAGAAUCUAUAGCACCACUCUGUGUCUGUGGGUGAUCUCCAUCUUACUGGAUGUUGCUGAAGUUGUGUUCAGUGUACGCUGUUUCCUUACUGUCUUCAAGCUUAUGGACAUUAAACUCUGCCGGAAAAGACAAGACAAGUUUCAUAGUCACCAGAAGGAUGAUGCUGUAAUCACAGAACAGGAUGCUCAGAAUGAAGAGGCUGAAUGUACUGUAAUGUUGUGAUAAGCGCUAAGCAAUGUCAUGGUAGGGUGCACAUAUGCAGUUUUAGUCUAAAAGUCAUGUACUAGAUAGCAGUCCAUCCAUCUCCAGUUUACAGAGAACUCAUACUGAAACAUUGUUCAGGCCAUCCAAGUACAGAAGCAGGACUGCACUGUAAUAGAAAAUAAGUUAGUAGCAAGAUUUUAAGCCCAUGAUGAUAUUCUGUUCUUCAUAAGAGAAGAUCCAGACUUCAGUCAUCUCUCAGAGAUGAGGUGGGUGUGCCUGGGUUCAAGUCUAACGGUCAAACGUUUUUUCUUUUGUUUUGUUUUUUUGGGGGGUAGGGAAAUGCUUAUUUUCUAUCCUAAAUACUGUCUGCACAACUAUAGAUCUGUAACUGUGCAAUAAGAUGCUGUGGCCUGAAGAGGGGAAGGCAUGGUUAGCAACUCACAUGUGAUGAUUUUAUCUGUAGUUGUGUUAUUCUGUUGGGCACAGAAAUUUAGCAGCAUAUGAUGCAGAAGGCAUUCCACUUUGAUGUGAUGCUUUGCAAUGCAUUGAUAAUUUGUAAAAUAUAUGUUCAGUUGAUGUAAAUGUAAUGUUUGAAGGUAAGAUCUAUAUCAGGGGUGAGAUGUUAGUCCAUUCAAGGUGUUACAGAAGACAGUACUCACACACUCUUAUAAGACUUUAUUUCUGUUAGAAAAUCAUAUAGCGUAGUGCUAAAUUCACUGUGCUCUGAUUGUUUCAAGGGGUUAUACUGCAAUAUAUAUUACAGAGUAGCAUAAUACAGAAGAACAUUCAGUACAGGCUGUCAAUACAUACAGAGUAUUUGAUGAUAACACCUCCAAACCCUACUGGUGUGUCUGAUCUGUACCACAACUCUUCCACUCAUAUAGGCUAUGUCCAGUAUAGUAGUUUGCACAGACAUUGUACAGCAUAUUAGUCCCCUAAAAAGUAUUGGCAGUGCUAGAGGCCAAUCUGACACCCAUGCAGACAAAUUAAACCAUGCUACCAAUUACUACACAGACCUUGAAAUUAGAACUGCAUCACUGUAUUUGCCAAAUACAGAAUUUCAUUCAGGCAGAUGUACAUGCCAAAUGAAAAUUUACAGUGAUGAAUAACUUAUAAACACAAAACGUAAUGUACAUGUA